CUCAAACAGAGCGAAUAUGAAGAACUGUCUCACUCUGCUCCUCAUUAUUGCGUUUCUUCUGGACUGGAGCCUUCAAGACUCAGUGGAACAGUCAGUGGAUGCAAUUACGAUCGAAGAAGAAAGUAAUGUUACACUAAACUGCACUUUACAAACAAGUGGUGCAAUCCCGUAUGGUUUCUGGUACAGGCAGCGCCCCGGGCAGCGACCAGAGUAUUUGUUUCGGAUCAUCGCAGGGAAAGUAGAACGAAAUAAAGAUGUGACCGACCGAUUAAAUGUUUCCUAUGAUAGCAGUAAAAAGUAUACCGAACUCUCGAUUAAGAACGCCACAAUCACUGACUCGGCCACGUACCUCUGCGCGAUGAGCACACAGUGCUUUCACAUGACAAUUUUUAAAGAGAGAACCGUUGUGAACACCCAACAGUCGUGGAAGCUUCUGCGAAAAUCGAAGAAUAAGCAGUCACAGCACCGCACCGGACAACGACCACAAUACUUGAAUCGGAUUCUCGCGGGGACAGAAUACCCAAAUGAAGAUAUAACCAAACAAUUAUUAGCUUCCGAUGAUAAAUGUAAACAUAAUAGCGAACUAUCGAUUAACAACGCCAUCAUCAUUGACUCAGCCACGUACCCCUGUGCGAUGAGCACACGGUGCUGA